UCAUUGUGGCCGGAUUUAAAUCGCUGCAGAAGGCGGCCUCUCGCCUCUAAGGAGCCGCCGAUCGGGAGCGGAGCCCCGGCGGCCGAGAACCGGCACCCGGAGCCCAAGCCGAACUCUGACCGGACGGAGGCCGGGCUCCCUUCUCUGACCUCCGCUCCCGGGGCUUGGGGAGGGGUCGCCCCGGCCUCGCUGCCGAUGCCCCCCGCCGGGGGUCGGGCGGCGCCCGCGUCCGCACUGAGACGCUGAGUCCCGGGACCCCGGCCCCGGCCCCCGUCAGACCGAUGUGAAGUUUGCUCGGGACUUUGACGGCUAUUCGGCCAUGGGUGGCAAACAGACGAAGGACAGAGGGGCAGCUGGCCCGGCCUAUGCCUCUGACCUCCGGACGAAGCCGCCGGACCCCGGCGGGGGCGACCGACCCCCGACCCUCGGACUGAAGGCGGAGGAGCGGCGGAGCAGGAGCGGCCCCCCGGCCCCCUACCAGCGGCGAGUCGGCCUGAUCCAGGACUUGGUGAGCCUGGCCAAGCAGGGGAGGCAACAGGAGGCGGCGCAGCUGCUGCGGAGCCUUCGGCAGGACCUGGGGAUGGAGUCGACCUCGCUAGACAAUGUCCUGUGCAGAUACGCCAGUUUCCGAAACCUGGUGGAUCCCAUCACCCACGAGCUGAUCAUCAGUUUGGCCCGUUACAUCCACUGCCCCAAACCGGAGGGGGACUCGUCAGGAGGCCUGGAGAGGAUCGGCCGGCAGCUGACCCACCACCUGAGCCCACACUCGCAGUACAGACGCCAAGGAUUCCUCAAGCGCAAGCCCCAGGCCUGUCUGAAAGCCGCCCUGUCCGGGAGCCCACCGAGCACCACCGUGGACCUGUCGGGAAUUGCGCUGACCCCGCGAGACCUGCCUCGCGUCGCCCUGUACCUGCAGCGCAGCUGGGAGAUGGUGUGCACGGUGGAGUUGGGUUUCACCGAGCUGACAGACGAGGGGUUCCUGCAGCUUCUGCCCACCCUGGCAUCACUGCCCAACCUCUGCACCCUGUCCCUCAACGGUAACAAGCUGACCCGGGCCAUCCUGCGCCAGCUGACCGAUGCCCUCAAGGACCUGGACAAGUUCCCCAGCAUCAGUUGGAUCGACCUCGGCAACAACGUGGAUAUCUACUCGCUGCCUCAGCCCUUCCUGGUCGGCCUGCGGAGGCGUUGCCCCAAGCACGGGAGCCUGCCCACCAUCUUGGAAUUCGCGGAGAGCCAGGGGGGUGAGCCGGCGGGCGAGGGCAAGGCGCCGGCCCAGGAGCCUCUGCUGGACAUGGCUGCCGGCGGCGCAGAGGAAUCUGAGGAAGAGGGGGCCAUGGGGGAGGCCGAACACUCGGUGGAACACACGUGACGUGGUGGAAUGUCGACCAUUGGGUGUCGGAGGCAUCGGCCCUGUGGGUCUCCUCUGACCAGAGCCCCUGGUUUAGGUGCAGCCAGCCUUCCUCGCUGAUACACUCUGGGCCACGCCGGCCCCAGGUGCUGUUCUUUGUGUCUUCCCUGACCGUGGCCCGCCUGCUCGCCACCCUCACUCUGCUGGAAAUGGACUCCCUGGGCAAUUAAGUGAUGGGACGUGGAGGGGCGAGUCCACACCGGUCACAGGACAAUGACUGCUGGGCUCUUUGCGUCUCCGUUCCCCCACGGGUCGGUCUGCCUGUCUGGUGUUCCCUGUCGCGGGAGCUGCUGGCGGCCAGACGCACGCCGCUGUCUGACGUACCGUGACCAGCAGAGCCCACGCCGCCUGUGCGGCGACUGGCCCCAUUGGUCAGCCAGGCAGCUGCUGGACGUCAUGGUUCCCUGUGGUGGUGGGGGUGCUGUCCGCAGCUGAGAAACGGUCCUCACCCAAGUGGACGGUGCUCAGUUGCCCCCAAACCUGACCCUCGCAAUGGGCUGGUACGGAACUACCCCGAGCCAUUACCCCACAUGCCUCACUCAGCCUCUCCGCACAGGAUCCACGCAUACUCACUCCUGUCCGUGGUUGGCCUCGGCCCCUCCUCUGUUCGGCCCUUGCCACUGGUCUGCCCCCUUCCUGCUUCUGCAGGGCGAGCUUUGCAUCCCCCCACCCAGCUGCUGGCCGGAGAUUCACCUGCCCUGGGUUUCUCUGACUCACCAUCAACAGCCCCCCAGCAACAGCUGGGAACGCUGGUGAUGGUCGGCAGUCCCGAUGGAGGGUCUGGCCUGAAACGUUGACUGUUUGUCCUCCUCCACAGACGCUGCCCGACCUGCCGAGUCCCUCCGGCAUUUCAGAAUCAGGUUUAAUAUUACUGGCAUUUGUUGUGAAAUUUGUUAAUGUAGCGGCUGCAGUACAGUGCAAUACAUGGUAAUAUAGAAAAAACAAGUAAAUCAGUUACAGUAAGCAGAUGUUUAUUAAAUAGUUAAAUUAAAAAUAGUGCAAAAUCAGAAAUUUUA